UGAUUGGACAUCUCGGCACCACGUGAUGUCCCUUUAAGAUCUUUAUUGACUGUCCGCGAACAUGGCAAGGGAAAGAUUUCCACCUAAUGACCAGGGCAGAAUUGCCAUGCAAAUGAUAGCGACUCGUAUCUGCCCCGUUUAAAGCGAAAACGGAUAUAUAUAAUACGACGAAUGGCGUUUUGACGGCACACGCGCGAGAAAAACUGCCGAUCAUUCAAGCACUUUAACACGGGACGCGCGAGUCAGGAUGCCGAAGUGACGCAGCUGGAGUUGUUUUAACAGCUUGAGAAGUUGCAGCUCAUUUCCUUCACCUUUUACCCGUGGAAGAACACCACAAGAUACGAGUGCCUUGUUUACACGUGUAAUUGGGCUUUUCUGUUCUUGAGCUACCCGGAAUAUUUGCGACAUCAGUUAAGAGAGAAGUUGCAUCCGUGAGAGGAAACGGAUUUGAAAGCAGCAGUAACGUUAAGGCUCUUUUCGAAAUAGUUGCGCUCCGUCGAUGACUCUCGACACCUCGAAACAUUCCGCGAUACUCACAAUUUUAUUUAAAAUGGCUGAUGAUAAUGAUUUAAUAGGUGCUUCGGAGCUUGUUAAAGAUCGACUCUAUUUUGCAACCUUGCGAAGCAAACCAAAAAGCACUGCAAACACUCAUUACUUCAGCACGGAUGAGGAGUUUGUGUAUGAAAACUUUUAUGCUGAUUUUGGCCCCCUUAACCUCGCUAUGCUGUACAGAUACUGCUGUAAACUCAACAAAAAGCUCAAGUCGUUUACACUGACCAGGAAGAGGAUUGUGCACUACACCAGCUUUGACCAGUGCAAAAGGGCUAACGCUGCUGUGCUCAUCGGUGCUUAUGCUGUGAUUUACCUGAAGAAAACACCAGAGGAAGCCUAUAGAGCUCUUAUCUCUGGCUCCAAUGCCUCAUAUCUUCCCUUCAGGGAUGCUUCAUUUGGGAAUUGCACAUACAACCUGACAGUUCUCGACUGCUUGCAAGGCGUUAGAAAGGCCCUUCAGCACGGAUUCUUGAACUUUGAGACGUUCAACGUAAACGAGUAUGAACAUUACGAGGUAAUGAUGCCCUUCCGUCAUGAAAUGCUCAUUAGGCGAACCAGCGUGCAGUGUUUUACCCAGAAUUCUGUUCAUUGCUCCUCAAGCCGGUUACAUAAUCAGGUUUAUUCCACCAGGAACCGAAGACAUUUUUAA